AUGGCAGGAUCCCUUCUCUUGCCACUGCAGAUCCUACUGUGGUCUCUAGCCCUGAGAUCUGCUGCACAAGAAGCCCAGGGUGACAAGAGUGGGGAGAAGAUUAUUGAUGGAGUCCCAUGUACAAGAGGCUCCCAACCCUGGCAGGUGGCCCUGCUCCGGGGCAAUCAGCUUCACUGUGGAGGUGUGUUGCUCAAUGAGCAGUGGGUGCUCACCGCUGCCCACUGCAAGAUGAGUGAGUACCAGGUGCACAUGGGCAGUGAUCAGCUGGGUGAUAAGAGAGCCCAGAAGAUCCGGGCCACACAGUCAUUCCGCCACCCUGGCUACUCCACUCAGACCCAUGUUAAUGACCUCAUGCUUGUGAAGCUGGAUCACCAAGCCAAGCUGUCGUCGAGUGUGAGGAAAGUCAAGCUGUCCUCCCGCUGUGAACCUCCUGGGACCACAUGCACCGUUUCUGGCUGGGGCACCACCACCAGCCCGGAUGUGACCUUUCCAUCGACGCUAAUGUGCACAGAUGUCAGACUCAUCUCCUCCCAGGACUGCAAGAAGGUUUACAAGGACCUGCUGGGAAAGUCCAUGCUGUGUGCUGGCCUCCCCAACUCCAAGACCAAUGCCUGCAACGGUGACUCAGGGGGACCACUGAUGUGCAAAGGUACCCUGCAAGGCCUGGUGUCCUGGGGAACUUUCCCUUGUGGCCAACCCAAUGACCCAGGUGUCUAUACCCAAGUCUGCAAGUACUUCAAGUGGAUAAAUGAGACCAUGAGAAGGCAUGGCUAA